AGAGCCACAGUCCGUGUUGGUCGGAGCUGAGUACACUGCAUUUAGCGGCCUUAAACUGAGAAAAUAAUAGCUUUAAGUCAACUAGAGUACGCUUCAAACCCCCUUUAACAGCUCAUUUAAGUUCACUAAUCAGAGCUGUAAGAAGCUUGUUUGACUUUCAGAGAGAUUAAGAAUAGACAUUAGAAAGACAGAGGAGGGCGUGACAGGGAGCCAGCCGAGCAGGCAAGCUGCUGCUGCAAGGGGAGGAAGAGCAGGCGAUGCAUCAGCCAAAGCCAGAGGUCAAGAAAAAACGCGACAGAAUAGUGAAAAGGUAGACUGACAGAGAGGUGGUCGUUUGUGACCUAAACCAGAAAAACAGACACCAGCCUCUCUUCGUUGUGUGGGCCACCGAGCAGGGAUGUGAAGGAGAGCAGCAGGGAGGAAGGAAGGCGACUGCAACCACGACAAGAAAAUGCUCUCAGAGAUGAUGUGCAGAAGGAGCUGUCAGCAGCAGCAGGAUGGGAAAGAGGCUCCACAGAGGGACCCUUCCAUUCGUAGGAAACACGGCUGGUCCAAGAGCUGCAAGGGGCGCCUGCAGGGCCGGAGGACAGGGCAGGGAGGGUGGCCUAAAGGGCGCAAUCACCACCAGCACCCUCAACGUCACCCUCCUCAUCGUUACCCUCAGCCACAACACUUCCAGAGGCCGGUGAUGUCACUCCGGCCCGUUAACGUCAAAGGAAACCGAGCGAGGGGGAUGCGGGCCCCCAAGAACACCAACCAGUUUCUAAUGCACGAGAAGUACCAGAUGCUGCAUAUGCGCUCCGACUCAGUGGGGAGCGACAGCAGCAGCUGCUCCGACAGCGACUUGGAGCUCACAGACAUGGACUCAUACCUGGGCGUCCUGGAGAAUGCAAGAGGAGCCCUAUUGGACAGUCCCAACCCACACGGCUCAACAGCGCCACCCGGUCAGAUUGUGGUACUGCACGACAGUCUGCAUCUGCAGGAUCACAGUCUGCGUCUGCAGGAGGACAGCAUGCAGUAUUUCCCCUCUGAAGAUGACCUGAUUCAGAGCCAGAAUUUCAUGCAGAGGGACUUUGUUGAGUUCUGUGACAUCCUGACACCCUGAAGGCAAACUUUUUGUUCCCAGCACUGUGAAACUCAAACCUCAGACUGAACGGGGUCAGGUUUGUUCUGCUUCAUGUUCACAGGGAAU